AUGGACGUGUGGAUUUUAUCGAGGGAUCUAAAUUAUGCGCGGCAAAGUGGAAACACUUGCCGGAAAAUGAAAAGGAAAAAUAUAGGAAAAUGUCCGAGGAGGAUGCCAUUAGAACUUAAAAUGACUAAAAGGAAAAAAGAUCCCGGUGCUCCCCUAAGACCUUUAUCCGCUUACAUGUGGUUUUGUAAAAGGAAUUGGAAAAAAGUUGCUAAAGCGAAUCCCGGAAAAGGUACAUCUAAAGUCGUACAACUUUUGGCGCGAAUGUGGACAAGUUCAACCGAGGAUAAAAAGAAAAUUUACGAAGAAUAUGCCGAAUGCGAUAAAAAAUUUUACGAUAUCGAAAAAGAAAAAUAUUUGAAACAAAAAAAAGCAAUUAAAUUAAAAGGAGGACAUAUUUGA